AUAAUUUUUUUUGCUUUUCGCUUCAUAAUCUUCUCAUUUCAUUCUUCUUUUCUGAGAUCUGUGGGGAACGAGGACAUCUGAGUGAGACCGGAGGGGGUUUCUUAGUUUCAGCUGUGAGUUGUGCAUUUUUAUGCGAGUUGUGGCGGUGUGAGUUGGUCCUUUGAGGUUUUGAGAGCUUAAUCUUGGUAGAAGCAUGAUAUUUUGUCAGAGUAGGAGUAGCGGAAGUCAAAGGGGAGGUCCGAAUGGAGGGGAAAUUUGUGUCCGAAUGGCAAUCGGGCUUUGGAUUUGAGGGCUGGGGAUUUUGGGACGGCGGAGAAGGAAGGAUCGUAGGGUUCGUCGCAGGGAGAGGGGGAGUGCUUUCGACAGCUCCUGGACUCCAUCGUUGCCCGCCUGCUGCUCCGCUUCUCCACCAGCAGCCUCGCCACGGGCACCUUCGGCGUCACCGUCUGGGAGACAUCCUCGUUGUGGGGGUCCAACAUCCUCGUCGACCACGGAGAGGCACCCACAGGAGACUCAAUCGGGUGGGAGGCUUGACGCGAACGAAGGGAUGUGGAGGCCAACAUCCUCGUCGACGAGUCUCAAUCGGGUGGGAGGCUUGACGCCAACGAAGGGCCGAACGGGGAAGCUUGGGCGAUGCCACACGGCUGUCUCCUCUUGUUUGCAAACGACCACGUGUCAACACGAAAUACCGCCCCAUAACCUGUUGAUCGUUUUACUAUUAUAAUAAUAUAGAUACGCAGCGGGUGCAGCGGAUGGGUUAGGCCCAAAAACCCAACAAAAGCCCAACGGAGGCGGAGAAGCAGGUCCGGAAAUCUAACAAUAUUUCUAAUCAGACGGUUGAGAGGCAGCAACAUGCUGUUCCCGCUGCACGAAUCUGCAGGCGAAGCCUCUUUUUCCCAUCCCCCUCUCUCUCUCCCUCUCGCUUCUCCUCCCUAGUCCCUUUCCACCGCCACUGCGCGCCGUCUCUCCCCCCUUCGCCGGACGUUGGGUCCGCCGAUUUCCAGCGACUCUAGUACUUCCCAAGAGCUAGCUUUUAGGAAGGUUUCUGACUUUCUAUCAAUUAUCUUGAUAUGGUGUUUGGAAUUUCAUAUGGUGAAUUGUUUCUCAUACUUGGAGCUACUGCUGCUCUCAUAGGGCCCAAAGACCUUCCUAUUAUUGCAAGAACAGCUGGGAGACUGGCAGGGAGGGCAAUAGGGUAUGUUCAAUUGGCCCGUGGGCAGUUGGAAACUGUUCUGCAGCAAUCUCAAGCUAACAAGGUGCACAAAGAACUUCAAGACACGAUUGCUCAAUUAGAAGCUAUUCGUUAUGAAAUCCGAAGCAUUUCAAUCAUGAAUCCAGCUCCAUUCACUCAGAGGUUAGAUGGUGAGGGGCCUGCACAAAACAAUGUACCAGGAAAUGACAUUGCUGCUAAACCCGAAGGGGAUCGCAAGCCUGUGAUGACAAUCCCUAAGGAUAUUAAUUCGAGUACAGUUUCUUCAAGUCUGCAAAGUCAAGCAGCGGUUUAUGCUAGGUUAGCUGAAUCCGCAGCUAUUAAAACAGCUUCUUCUGCAAGCAGUGGACAUGCGGAGAAACUAAAUGCUGAUGAUGGUCACCUAACUAUUCUGCCUGUCUCUGCUGAGAGCACAGGGCUACUUCCAAAGCAUAGUGAUGAAGCUAGAGGAUCUGAUAUAAUGUUAGAAGCAAUACUGGAAGCAGAGGUUGCAUGUAAAGCCAAGCACUUUUUCUCACAAUCUCAAAAUCAACUGCCUAAUGAAUGAAAUGUUCGUUGAAGCAUAUGGUGAAUAUGGAUCUGGGCUCAAAUUCAAUAUCAUCCACUCAACAUGUUCCAAACUACAAUUUCUCCUUCCCAAGAGGAGGCGGUAGUUCAAUUAGGUUGCUAAAGAUUACCAAGCCGGUUCAGUUUUGUAAAUUCUUUGGGGAAGGAAAAAGAAAUGAUACAGAUGCUACCCUCUGCACAUUUGAAAUAGUUUGUUGGCAUUAACAGUUUUGACCAUCAAAGGCUGGAUUUAUUAUGACCGGGGCAAUUUCUUGUGCUCGUGCUGAUAUGAUUGAUGGUGUGGUUUGUCCGGGUUAUUUUUGCACUCGGAAGAUUCACAUUUAUUUUCAUUAAAAAGAUCAGCAAAUGAUGCAAUUUAUGCCUGUAAAGAAUAUGUUCAUGUGUGUCUGGUUAGACACUUUGGUAAAGGCUAGAGCACUGCGGUUGUCA